CCUAUCAGCUCCGCCGGGUAGUCGCGCCCCUUUUUUUGUGGCCCCGCCUCUCCGUCGCGCUGCAUUUCGGGCGAAAGGAAGCGGUGGAGCGCUCCGGUAGAGAGAGUGGCGUGACGUCACUUCCUCCGUGCGUUGUGAUAUUAUUGUUCCUCUGUGCGGGUAGAGCCGGAGGAGAGAAGGUUUGGGGAGAUUUUUGUAUCCUUCGCCUGCUGCUAAUACAGAGGGACCCUAGAAGACGCCAUGUUUCGCUUCAUGAGGGACACCGAGCCACAAGACCCAGCAAUGUUCCUUAUGGAUCCCUUUGCCCUUCAUCGUCAACAUAUGAGACGCAUGUUUUCCGGGAGUUACGGGAUGUCUCCGUUCCUGAGCCUGACGGAUGGAAGCGUACCUUCUCUUCCUCGUUCAGGAGCCCCUCGUGACAUGCAGGCUGGUGCCUUAUCACCAUUCGGUAUGAUGGGCAUGGGGGGCGGAUUCAUGGACAUGUUCGGAUUGAUGAAUGAUCUCAUGGGAGGUAUGGAGCAGAUUUCCAAUGGGUCAAACUGUCAGACGUUCUCUUCUUCCACGAUCAUAUCCUACUCCAAUAUGUUGGGCAGUGGUGCCCCUAAAGUAUAUCAGGAGACGUCGCAGACCUGCACCGCUCCUGGGGGGAUUUGCGAGACAAGACGCACAAUGCGGGAUUCAGAUAGCGGGAUGGAACAGAUGAGCAUCGGUCAUCAUAUUGGAGAGCGGGCACAUAUCAUGCAGCGCUCUCACAACCAUCGCACAGGAGACCGUGAGGACCGGCAGGAGUAUAUUAACAUGGAUGAAAAUGAUGCUGUUGAUUUUAAUGAAGAAUGGCACAGGGGGACCUCGCGUUACCGGAAUCAGAGGGGUUUGCAAUAUAGAAGGAGACCAGCCCCAGAGGAGAGACUCGCCAUCCAGGGACCUGAAGACAGCACAGCCCGCCCAUCCCGCCGAUACGACUGGUGAUAGCCGAUACAUGCACAAACGGGACAAUUGAAAAACCUAACCGUUCCGCAUAUUCCCGAAGGGACCACUUCUU